AUGCUGUCGCGUACGUUAUUGCGCAUGGGCCGCCAGCGUCCCGCCGCAAUGCUACCAUCUUUUGCCAGAAGUUACGCCUCGUCGUCUAACAAGAAGGACGACACCACCCAUUUCGGCUACCGGACCGUCAACACCGAGGACAAGGAGAAAUUGGUCCGUGGUGUGUUUUCGCUGGUGGCGUCCAACUAUGAUGUCAUGAACGACGCCAUGUCGUUUGGUGUGCACCGUUUGUGGAAGCAUCACUUCAUCAACCGGUUGGAUGCGGGCAUGCGUCCAGGCGCCCUGAAGCCGUUGGAUUUCCUUGACGUGGCCGGCGGCACCGGAGACAUUGCUUUCGGAUUGUUGGAUCACGCCAGCAAGAACUUCGGCGAUGUGUCGUCCACCAUGACUGUAGCUGACAUCAACCCAGAUAUGUUGGCUGAGGGUAAGGUGAGAUACGAGGCUUCCAAAUGGAACGAUGGCUCCAACAGAGUCACGUUCCUCGAGCAGAACGGUGAGACCAUGGACGCCAUUCCAGACGCUUCCAAGGACGUGUACACCAUUGCGUUCGGAAUCCGUAACUUCACCAACAUCCAGGCCGGCUUGAACACCGCCUACCGUGUGUUGCGCCCAGGCGGUGUGUUUGCCUGUCUCGAGUUCUCGCACGUCGACAAUCCCGUGGUGGACUACGCAUACCAGGCCUACUCGUUUGGCUUGUUGCCAUUGAUGGGCCAGUUGAUUGCCAACGACAGAGACUCCUACCAGUACUUGGUCGAGAGUAUCCGCCGUUUCCCAAAGCAAGACGAUUUCAGUAGCAUGAUCAAGAAGGCUGGUUUCUACGUGCCUGAGCCAGGUUACGAAAACUUGACCUUUGGUGUGGCCAGUAUCCACAUUGGUGUGAAGUUGUAG